CACGAGGUGAUAUAAGGCGUUAGUUAUGCUGCCCGCAAUUAACGGCGUUGUCUUUUGUGUCACACAAUAUAAUAUGACCAGUAGCUCGGGGCCAUCUGGCAUUGCAAGACGGAACCAUUGUAUCUCAAUCCCGCUAUCUUAUUCGACCUGAACAUCUUUUUCUCGAACUCUUGGUUUAGCGGCCUUCCAUCUUUCAACAUUGAAAGAGAAAACACAGUCAACGCAGCAUCAUGGGAUUCCGCAGAAACGGCAUAUCGAAGCCAUUUACCGAUAUAUUCACUAGCGAUAGUGACAUUGAUCGUCGAAAUUUAUCACGUACUGUACCCAUGAGAGUCCUAUGUCUAGGAAUGGGAAGAACGGGCACAGCAUCACUUCGUUCGGCCUUGAAACAGCUGGGGUUCGAGGAUACAUAUCAUAUGAUGAGCGCCAGCGUCGAGAAUCCCCCCGAUUGCUUGUUGUGGAGCGAAGCUCUUGCGGCCAAAUAUGACGAUACUGGACGCGCUUUUGGAAAAGACAAGUGGGAUGCUUUGUUGGGGCACUGUCAAGCUGUAUGUGACUGGCCCGCGGCUUCGUUCGCGGGUGAGCUGGUCGCGGCAUACCCAGAUGCGAAGGUUGUCCUCACGACGCGAGAUGUCGAGACUUGGUUCAAGUCCACAAAAGCCACUGUUAACUGGCGCGCCAACGACCGCUUCCUCAAGGCCUUGUCCUACGUCGAUUGGGCUUCAUCGAUGUACUACCCAAUGCUUCGGAAAUACUGGGACUCGGUCUUCAUGGGCGAUUUUGAUAAGAACGCCAGGGAUGUUUUUCUGUCUCAUAACGAGCGAGUCAGGAGUCUCGUGCCCCCCGAUAGACUCCUUGAAUUCCGCAUGAGUGACGGUUGGGAGCCACUUUGCAAGUUUCUUGAAUGCCCCAUUCCUGCAGGACCGUUCCCACAUGUCAACGAGGGGGAUUCAUUUAUCAAGCGCGUUAGGCGGCGGAAUUAUCUCCAGAUUGGCAGUGGCAGUGGCGGUGGUGGCAGUGCCUUCUAG